AUGACGGAGUUGGUGACCGGUGGGAAUUUGACUACGGUGACUGAGUUCCUCUUCUCUGUGUUCCCACAUCUGCCUGAAGGUGGCGUCCUCUUCUUCGUUCUUCUGCUUCUCACCUACGGAUUUAUCGUAACUGGGAACCUAAUGAUAUUCAUCGUCGUCCGGCUGGACAGGGCCCUGCACACCCCCAUGUAUUUCUUCAUCAGCGUCCUCUCUUUCCUGGAGAUCUGGUACACCACGACCACCAUCCCCAAGAUGCUCUCCAGCCUGAUCAGUGAGCACAAGACCAUCUCUGUGGCUGGCUGCCUCCUACAGAUGUAUUUCUUCCACUCCCUGGGCAUCACAGAAGGCUGCGUCCUGACGGCCAUGGCCAUUGACAGGUACGUCGCCAUCUGCAGGCCUCUCCGGUACGCGACCAUCAUGACUCCCAGGCUGUGCACCCAGCUGGCCGCUGGGUCCUGCGUCUGUGGCUUCCUCCUCGUGCUUCCCGAGAUCGUGUGGAUUGCCACCCUGCCUUUCUGUGGCUCCAACCAGAUCCGGCAGAUAUUCUGCGACUUUACGCCCGUGCUGAGCUUGGCCUGCACGGACACGUCCCUGGCGGUCAUUGUGGACGCCAUCCAUGCAGGGGAGAUUGUGGCCUCCUUCCUGGCCAUCGCCCUAUCCUACAUCCGGAUCAUCGUGGCGAUUCUGGGGAUGCCCUCGGCCGAGGGCCGCCGCAAGGCCUUUUCUACCUGCGCCGCCCACCUGGCUGUGUUCUUGCUGUUUUUCGGCAGUGUCGCCGUCAUGUACCUGCGAUUCUCAGCCACCUACUCCGUAUUUUGGGACACAGCAAUUGCUAUCACUUUUGUCAUCCUUGCCCCCUUCCUGAACCCCAUUAUCUACAGCCUCAGAAACAAGGACAUGAAAGAUGCUCUUGGAAGGCUUUUCUGCCGUCGGAGGAGGGCUAGUGGGGUCGGGGAUAGAUCUAGAGGCUGAAGAUAGAUCAAGAUAGAUAGAUCUUGACUUGUUCGUGAGUAUGCUCUGUUUCUAUCGGCACAACUACUCACUCUGUUAUUACAAACAAGAACAGAAAACUGCUGUGUCCAGGGCAUUGGUGGCGAUGUCACAGCCUGUUCCCAUCCGUGCCCCUGCCGUGUUUGUGGUCUCCGAGGCAGCCCAAAUAGACUCUGCUGCAGCACAGCACAGGCUAGCUUCCUCUUCGCCCCUCCAGCUGGGCUCCUGGCCUUCUCCUCUGUGGCCCCACAUGCAGAUGAGACCAGACAGCAGGACAGAAGAGACAUGAAAGACACCGUGGUUCUGAAAAUUGCCACCAUCAACUCGCCCCCAGCCCUCUCUCCAUUCUUGAAUCCCCCCGAUGCUCAGCACCCCACAUUAAUAAACCAUU